CGUAGAUCAGGGCGACUGUUAGGGGGUGUUUGGUUUUGGUCAUGUUGGGUGGGCUGCGGGUUGUCAGGUGGGAAAGGGGUGUAUGAGAUAGUUCGUGGGGAUGGUUUGGGAUUCUGGGAGGUAUCGAGGGGAUGUGCAGCUGGCUUCUGUUCAGGGGCUUCUUUUAUGAAUGAGCAGUGGCGACAGAGUUGCGGUGUGAGAUGGUUCAGGAUCUACAUGGUAAUGGGUAGUGGGUUCCUGGUUUGGCCUGCAUGUGCUGUGCUUUGUUGGCGGGUGGCUUCCGUGGAUGCUGAUCGAUGGAUUGAGACGCAUCGGUUUGGCGCAUGCUGCAAGCCAUCCCUUCGAGAGUCGGGCUAUUUACAACAAUCGAUAGGUUGUGAAUUCUCGCCAGGGGGGAUUGGUGUUGGAAGUUCCUGGAAAGCUAGAAAGGCAGCAUGAAUGCAACAAAUCACAACGGAUUUGCCUGCGUUCUUUCGGCGGGUUCGGAUUGCGCAUUGCAUCAUAUAAAUCCA